GUCUUCUGUGGCUGACAAUGUCGGGAGACUCGUCCGUUCAUUCUGUUCAUCGAGCUCACACAACCCUGCGUCGCCAAUGCAUUCAGCGCAAGCCACAAGAUCAGUCUAUUGGACAUGAUGACGGAGAACUCAGACUCGCUCUGCCGGUUAAACACCGAUGUUCUUCUAAGUGUCUUCGAGCACUCGCUGCCUGACCGCGGCUUGCGCUCACUGUCAUCGUCGUGCCGGUGGAUUCGAGAAGAAACCAUGCCCGUACUCUUCCGACGCUGCCUAGUCACUGUCGCGGAGCCGAUCUGCGCAGAUAGGUUCCUCCCGCAAACCCUGUGGCCCUAUGUAUAUCACCUUUCCUUGCGAGACGAAUGCCCUGAUCGGGCCGCUGCGAGAUUUUACUCCUCGCGGAAACCUCGACUGCACUUUACCGACGACCCUUUGUUAUGUGGAAUCAUGGACCCCGAGUUCCUCAGGACCACUCUACGAGCCAUGCCUCGCCUGCAAUCGAUCUCACUAGACUUUAUGUGCCGAGAGUCACAUGGAUUGGGGUGGGAUAGCCUAGCGGCCAUCCUCUCAACGCCGCAGCUCCGCAGUUUCACACUCGCUCAGUUUAUGUUUAGUCCGCGACAUUCCCUCACGACCGACAGCGUCGAAUUUCUCGCUCCGUUGACGACGUUCCGACACGAGCAACGUGCCUUGCGCAGCGAACUCCGUCGUUUCCUCUGCCAGGAGGCCGCUCUGGGCGUGGUGAUUGGAAGGCUGCGGCAUACUCUCGAAUGCCUUCUACUUGCUAGCGAGGUUGCGCCCUUCAGAACCCUAAUGGCCAACCAAUGGCCACGCCUCAAGGAACUUCAUCUGAUUGGUGACUUCCAUCCGAGCCCGGACUCUCUCAUCCCAUUUGUCACCCUCCUUGCUGAAAUGCCCAAGUUGCGCGUUCUGAAGCUGGAGCUCGCUUUACGUAGCUAUGUUCACAGGAAAGAUCUGAAGCUUUGGCCCUUGGAUCAUGAAGCACGAUUUCCGUGGCCUGACCUCGUUGACCUAGUCGUUUCCUUCCCCAGUCCCGAGGAUCGCAUUUAUUCCCAUCUCCCCAGAUCGAUGCGACGCUUAUCGCUGCGAUGCACUCCCCAUCACUAUUUCUACUCCUGGAAGGAGAACAGAUUGUCUCAUCUCCAUUCGCCCAUACUGCACGCAUCGGAGAUGCUAAAACUUCUCCCACAUAUUAACACUCCUGAUCUUGAAGAGCUCUGUUUGGAAUACCGCGCAGACGCCGCAGAAGAUGAACUCCUAGUCUGCGUCGCCCAGAGGUUCCCUCGGCUCACAUCGUUGGAGAUGCAUCGCUUCCAAUCCGACACCGGCAGUAGUGUCACCGCUACCGGCGUUGGGUUGCGGCUAGCAAAACUCGAGAAGUUGCUCACGCUGCGACUCUAUGACGAUAAUCUACCUCUUCCCCGCUUCGCGACGCUGCAACGAAACGCGGCCAUCAUCGCAGAUAAACUUGCGCGCCCGGACGUCAGGCUGUGGCUCUUGCGGAUCAGCUCCGACCCUUGCUGGUACCCAUAUCGCCUUGUAGCGAAGCAAAGCGUUGACGAGGAACCGCGGGUGGAAGUCAACCCGUUAGGCCACAGCGGACUGCAAGUGUAUCCUUUCGAUGAUGAUUACUAGGUAUUGCUAGGUAUCCCCUCUUUACUUGUACGAUCUGCCUAUGACUCCCGUUCCGUGCGUCGGCCUCGCCUGGCGGUCUUCUUCGUCCUGCUGCCUUUAUCCCCUCCUACUUAUCUUCGGCUUCCCAAAUGCGAGAUCGCCGUAUGUCGUUAACGUUGUCACGAAGCAGCCCGUGUCGUGAAUGUAUUGUACUGUCGAGUUCAGCGAGUGUCGACUGGACUUCGCUGCCGGCCCAUUGAUGCGGCCUUUCAGUCGUGCGCGCGCCGAAUCAGGAAAACCAGAUCGACCUGACGCGCCCUGAAGGCAGUGAAGCCUGAAGCUUGAAGCUUGAAGCUUUGAAGCUUUGUAGGCCUGCCCGGACGGGCCUGAUUACUAGUCCCCGAC